UGGCCCCGUCUACAGUUUUCUCCGAAGCCACGUCUUCCUGGCCAGUAUCUGAUUCGCCGGGAUAUACCAUCAAUCCGUGACGCCGCACCAUGGGUCUUCUCGAUAGAGUCGAGGCCUUCUUUGAGGGCGAACCCAACGUUGAACAACACUCUCACUCUCACACGGGCUAUCAGUGCGAUGAUCUCCACGCUGAACAUGCUGCCAACCGGUUUCAGUCUUUUGCAGCCCCUUCUUCGGGCAACAUCAAGUGGUUCGUUGAUGGCGCGUCUUACUUUUGGGCAGUAUCUGAAGCCCUUCAACGCGCCCAGGAAAGUAUCUAUAUUCUCGAUUGGUGGCUGAGCCCUGAGCUGUAUCUUCGUCGGCCGCCUUCUCGCAACGAGCAGUAUCGCCUCGAUGCUAUGCUUCAAGCUGCCGCCGAACGUGGGGUCCAAAUCAAUGUUAUUGUGUACAAGGAAGUUGAGGCUGCCCUCACUCUUGAUUCUGCGCACACCAAACAUGCACUUGAAAAGCUGCACCCUAACAUCAAAGUUUUCCGGCAUCCUGACCAUGUCCCUACUGGAUACGAUCUGACUUCAGAAAUUGGCAACUCGUUCAAAAAUUUGACCAACUUUGACUUGGCCACUGUGUCCAAAGACGCACUCAAGGCGAUUUAUGGCGCGGCAGACGAUGUUGUCCUCUACUGGGCUCACCAUGAAAAGCUCCUUGUCAUUGACCGUGACCUUGUAUUCAUGGGAGGCCUCGAUCUUUGUUUCGGUCGAUGGGAUACCAACUCCCAUCCCAUCGCAGAUGCUCACCCUGGAAACUUGGAGAACAUCAUCUUUCCUGGCCAGGACUAUAACAACGCUCGAAUUUUUGACUUUGCUGACGUUGGCAACUGGGAUCAGAACAAACUGGAUCGAACCAAGAGCUCGAGAAUGGGUUGGUCGGACGUGGCCCUGUCCAUGAAUGGCUCAAUUGUGUCUGAUCUUGUUGCCCAUUUUGUUGACAGAUGGAAUUACUUAUUCGACGCCAAAUACAAUGACAAGGAUCCUGGAAAGUAUGAGAAGCUCAGCUUGGGCGGAAGCUACCGCCCUUCGCACCAAACAUAUGAACAAGAGGGAUCGGGACGAGAAGAAUAUGAGCGGCAGGAGGGCGAAGGGCGGAGCCGUGGCGUGCUCCAUCGCUUUGCCGAACACCUAUCUGAAGAAAUGGGAAACCUUGGCCUCGGGGAAGGCCAUCGACGCAGCCAGCAUCAAGAUGGCCAGCGAGAGUAUCCCUCUGAUGAAUAUGAGCGCCAUGACAGGAGUGCUCACGCGCGCGGGGGCUCAGGCGCUACUCGCAUUCAGCUUACACGAAGUUGCACCAAGUGGUCAUCCGGCCACCCAACGGAGCAUUCGAUUGCGAACGCUUAUGUUAGUGCGAUCACGAAUGCCAGGUACUUUGUUUAUAUCGAGAAUCAGUUCUUCAUCACAGCUACAAGUGAUGAGCAGCGCCCCGUCUCCAACAAGAUCGGCGCAGCUAUUGUUGACCGUAUCGUUCGAGCGUAUGAAGAGGGCCAGGCCUUCAAGGUGUGGGUGGUGAUGCCCUCUGUCCCCGCCUUUGCGGGAGACUUGAAGUCCAAGGACGCUCUUGGAACAAGGGCCAUUAUGGAAUACCAAUACAACUCCAUCAGCAGAGGUGGACAUUCCAUUAUUCAAAAGCUUGUUGCUGCAGGCAUUCAGAAUCCUAGGGAGUACAUUGGUUUCUACAACCUUCGAAACUAUGAUAGGAUCAACACAUCCCAAACCAUGCGACAAGUCGAAUCCCGCUCCGGAGUCAAGUAUGAAGACGCACGACGAUAUCACGACGACUAUGUCAACGAAGAGCGUUACGGCCAGGACGAUGAAGAUUCUCAAUACUAUGAUAGAUACCAGCGCCAGGCUCAGUCCGUCAAGGAUGACACUCUGGAUACCGUGAGUGCCGCCUACAUGAAGCACGGCCCCAAUAUUGCCGAUAUCCCAUGGGAUGGCGAGCCCGAGGAUGAAUUCGACGCCUUUGUCAGCGAGCAGCUCUACAUUCACACCAAGCUUCUCAUUGCCGAUGACCGCCUCGUGAUUUGCGGCUCUGCCAACUUGAACGAUCGCUCGCAGCUCGGAACCCACGACUCUGAGAUUGCGGUGGUGAUUGAGGGCCCUCCAUCCGUUGAAUCCUACAUGAACGGCGAGCAGUACGCGGCAAGCGAAUUUGCCGCCUCCCUCCGAAGACAAAUCUUCCGCAAGCAUCUCGGCUUGCUCCCCGACCAGAGAUGGGACCAGCCAAACCGAAACUGGCUGCCGGUAUCCGACGCACCCAACGACUAUGACUGGGGCUCAUCUGCCGACCGGCUUGUAGAGGACCCCCUGAGCCCUGACUUCCUACAGCUCUGGGAGGAUACGGCCGCCACCAACACCGAAGUGUUCAGCCGGGCGUUCCACCCUGUUCCUGACGACAAAGUCCGCAACUGGGAUGAUUACGACCAGUUCUUCUCCAAGUACUUUACUAUUCCCAGUGCCAAGGAGAACAAGGAGGACGACGACGAUGACAAAGACGGCAAGGUUCCUUACGGACACGUCGUUCGCGAGGAAUUCCCUGGUGGCGUGCAAGAGCUGAAGGAAUGGCUUAGCCGCAUCCGUGGCAACCUCAUCGAGAUGCCUCUGCAGUUUUUGAUUGAGGUUGAGGAGAUUGCCAAGGAGGGUCUGACGCUGAACGGACUGACGGAUGAGCUCUACACAUGAAGAAGAGAGCCUCGAUGCACUCGGCAAAGACGUUAGUUGGAGUCCCUAGAUAGAGAGUGAUAGACUGCAUGAAAUAUACGACAAACCAUUUACAGUAAAAUAUGAUUGCAGUAACAAAACGUUCAAACAAGAGCCACCUAGUAGUUACAAAGACAUGCAAAAAGAGCAUAUGCAGAGCACAAACCCAACCAAUAACACACACUCUCUCCAUAAAAGCUUCCCGGACUCUUUCACUCUUUAAGAGGCCGAAUGAGUCAUGACGAAGGCUUUGGGUAUCUUUACUACCAGAGUCAGAUUUGAGCCAGCCGUCUUCUACAUUUCAACCCCGCAGGGUCAUAAGCCCCUUUUCACUUUCACUUCUUGAAACAGCCAGCAUAGCUGACCCUUUUGCCAGAGACUCAUUGACAGCUCCAUACGUGCGCGCCCUCCUCUUUAAUCCUUUAGCCAAACCCAUUUACCGUUCCCCUCAAAAACUCCAAAUUAGAGAAUAUUAAUUUUUUACUAGUCUUUUCACAUCACCCUUUCAGUCAGCCUUGGUGUUGCCGUUAGAACCACCAAGGAAACCCUCCUUGAAGUCCUUGAUGCUGAUGGAAUCUUCCAGUCGGAAGUGGCCACGGCCACGACGUGAGCGGCCACGCAGCCAGGAGAAGACGCCAAAGGCAAUGCCAACAACGCAACCAAGCGACAGGUAGGGGUGAUCAGUGAAAGAGAGGCGGAUAUCAAAGAACACCUUUUCAAACGGAGAAAUGGUGAGCUUGGGCUUCAGAGCUUGUGGGGUGUAAACGACCUUGUCGAGGGUCUCGAGGAUAGAUGUGCGGCUGACAAGAAUGUAGUUGCCAGUCACGGUAUUGUCCCAGUACUUUCGGUUAUCUUGGUCAUUAAUGAUGACUCUUUCUCCAUCUUUGACGUCAAUGCCAUAGGUGGUGCGAAUCCAGCGCUGCCAUGCAACGCCGUCAACCCAGGCAAAGGCAAUUUCCCUCCGUCCAGAGUUGUUCAUAUCAACAUGAAUGGCCUUGGCAGCUCGCAGGGCGCGCUGGUCAUCUCGGUCUUCAGCUUCUUCAAUUCUCAUUUGCUUGGCAUCUCGGAGCUUCUUCCUCUCCAGCUGGAAUUCUUGGAUCUGUCUGUCCAUCCACUCAUUUGCUGCACUCUUUAUCUCUCGAAGGGCACCCUGGAAAGAUUCCUGGUCGUCUCGGUUCAAGACGCCCAGCACAACAAUCUUGUGGUCCAUAAUCUGGCGCGCGUUUGUCACCAACAGUUCAGGAACAAGAGGGAGCCAGACCGAUCUCAUCCAGUCCAACACUUGGUUCGUGUCUCUCAUAGCGUUGGGUGUAAGAGGGGGGAAGUAGGUGGGGCGGCCUUCUCUUGACACCAUAAACCGCGGCCAAGUGGUGAUCUUGAAGCGAUCAUACAUGGCGGGGUCUCUGGUCUUGACAAG